AUGGAGAAAUACUUGGUUUUGCCUAAACCCUCGACGGCGAAGAUUCAACCUCUUCCAAGGAGGCAAUGGAAGAGGAGUUCGGUUGAACUAAAUGGGAGAUUUGAACGUAACUAUCGUCAUGAGAUGCUGGAUAUGCUAAUUCGAUCGUAUUCUGAGUGUUUCCUCAUUUGUAUGAAGUGGACGGGUUCCCAUGCCAAUCUCAUGCAAGGCAUCGCUGCAGUAGAUUUUGACAACAAGGGAAUAUACUUGGUGUCUGUGACAAAAUCGGGUUGCUUAACAGUUCACGACUUUGAAGCUCUUUAUUGCCAGAUACCCGAGUUAAGUUGCUUGCAAGAAGAUGAAAGCAAACAUUUAAUGCAUCUCUCACUAAAUCGACAACUUGAUGCUGUCAGAUGGAAUCCUCUUAAUCAGGAUGAGGUCGUCUGUGCAUCUUUCAAAAGUGAUAAACUACUCAUAUUCGAUGUUGGAUAUGUCUCAUCAGAUCCAGUUGAAGUGUUAAGAACAAGAGGUACAACCACAGUUAAUGGGUCCACCAUACAUAAAGGUAUCUCUGAUGUGGUUUUUACGUCAAAUGACACAAGCAGGAUACUUGCUUCUGAUACACAUGGUGCAAUUAAUGUCUGGGAUAGAAGAGUUAACUCUCUACCUUGCCUUGAGCUUGCAUCUGCUUCAUGUGGUACGCUUAACAGCAUCCAGUUAAAUGCAGAUAAUCAGAUUAUUUUUGGUGCUGGAAAACAUGGGCUCGUGCAUGUAUGGGAUAUUCGUGGUGGAAGAGCAUCUGCUAAUUUUCAAAGUCUCAAAGAGAUGUGCCAUCCCCCUGUGACAUCAGUGAAAUUGGCAACAUUGCUAGAGAAGAUUGGAUCUUUGAAGGCACAGACAAAUAUUGUUCCCAAGGAGAUUCACUCUAUUGUUAUUAAUCCAUCGUGCCCAUAUCAGUUAGCAUUCCAUCUUGUCGAUGGCUGGAACGAUUCUUAUAUUCCCUCUGAUCUGUCAUACUUAAGAAAACCUUCAUGGUUAUCGACGUGUUCGAUCUAUUUGGCCGGGUCAUCGUCUGACUGUGGUAUUCAUCUCUUGGAUUUCUAUCCCAGCACCAACUCCCCAUGCCAUGUGGAUUACAAGGAGGAUAUGCAAGAAAUUUCAAGGCGGAACAACCGAAGAAAUCGGAACAGAUUUAUUUCGUUAUCUGAAGGAGUUAUCUCAUGUGCUGCUCACCCUUUGUAUAAUGCCAUCGUUGCAGGAACCAAGAAAACUUCUUUGCUCGUGAUUUCACAAAGACAAGAGUCGUUCAGAAGUGAUUAG